UCAAAAGUCGUCCAAGACUCUCUCAGUUCCUCUUCACUGCAGUGGAGCAGCAGCGGAGCCUUCGUCACAAUGUUUUUUCUGUCACUUCUGUUGGUGCUUCUGCCGCCUCCAUCACUCUUUUACUCUUUAAAGAACUGCACAGCCGACUUCUAUGACCAAACUAAAAUAGACUGUACAAAAAAUGACUUGACCACAAUUCCCUCUGACAUUCCCAAAAGUGCUACUCUGAUAGCUCUGACUAAAAACCGCAUCCAGACAAUCAGACAGACUGAUCUGAGAGGCUUCACACAACUUAAGACUUUACGUUUAAGAAAUAACCAUAUUUCACUCAUAGAGGACGGGGCUUUUAUAGAUCUAUCAUCAUUAACUCAUCUGAAUCUGGCGGUAAAUAAUUUAGAAAACCUGACAGACAACAUGUUUAAGGGACUGUCCAACUUGAUUUUUCUUGAUUUGUCAUUUAAUCUUUUUAGAAACAUUUCAAAGUUUGUGUUUGAGCCUUUGAAUUCACUGGAGGAACUGUACAUGUCUGAGGUUUACCCUGUGGAUUUGACUAAUAUAAUUUCUCACACUCCGUCUAUAAGGAUUUUAUCCGGAGAUGUACAAUCAUUUGAAGACAAACUUUGUCCAUUCCCUCUCCUGAACCUUACAACGUUGCAGUUGAAUGACAGGUCACUAAAAAAGUUCAGUGUUCACUCUAAUGUUUUGCCUCAGUUAAAAUAUCUUAUUUUAUGGAGUGACAGUGUUGAAUUUGAAUGGGAUGUACCAAAUAAAGCAGUUUUGAAAAGCUUGAGGCAUUUAAUUUUUGCUGAUCCAGGAUUAACAACAGAGAGAUAUCUGUCCAUUUUACAAAGUGUUGAUUCAGUGGAGUUUCUUGAGUUCAACAGUCAAAGAAGUCCAUUUUACCAAAGUGUGAUGGAUGCAGCGUGCACUAUUCCAUCUUUACAGAAGUUGGGAAUAACGUUAACAUACUUACCUAUGAUAAAUGACUCUUACCUACAGUCCUGUUCUAAUCUCACUGAACUGUUUUUUUACAUAAAUUCAAUGCGGGAGCUAUCAGAGUCCUCCCUCCGAAUGUUAACACGUCUCACAAGACUCAACAUAGAGAAAAAUGAUUUAGCCCGAAUACCCACAGCCAUCAGAAACCUAUCCACCCUCACACAUCUGUCCUUUCAAUCCAACCACAUUACAAAACUUCAGUGUUCAGAUUUUUUUAAUUUGCCAAUGUUAACAGAACUGAAUCUUAAUUCCAACAAAAUUUCUAAACUUAAAAAAUGUGUAUUGAAGGAGCUUAAGAAUAUAAAAGUACUUUAUCUUGAAAAUAAUGCUUUUUCUACUUUAGACAAUACUUUUGGAAUCAGUUUUCCCAAUUUGGCCAAUUUCAGUGCUGAAGAAAACUACCUUGUCUUAGUUCACAAAGAAACUUUUAAUAACAUGUUAAAUCUUACAGAUUUAAACAUAAAAUCAAAAUCAGCAACUAAUGUGGAGAACGGUGCUUUUGAUGGACUUUUGAAUCUGAGACAUUUGACUUUUUCUCAAAAGUACCAAAGUGGAGGCGUUAUUUCAGGUUUGGGACAUCUGGAACGUCUUGUUGUGUUCAUCUCAACUAACGAACAAACUGUGGUCUCAAAGCCAAUGACUUUUAACAUUUCUUCUCUUCAAGAGUUAACCAUCGAAGUGGACAGAAACGUGUGUAUUGAUCAGGCUCUGUGUAAUCUUCACAACAUGACAAAUCUACAGGUGUUUUCGCUGGACACAUUUUGCUGUUACAUUCCUUCAGACACAUUUUUGGAAGCUCCGCACUUACAAAACGUCACAAUUACCAACUGUGUGGAGUUUAGUCCAGACCCGGACCUGUUCAAAACAAUUUCAGAAUUAAAAUUUCUAGACUUGUCUCACAAUAAAAUUCAAAAUUUGAAUUUUUUCUCUACAUCUACUCUAACCAAACUGGAAAAAUUGAUUUUAAGAAACAAUAAGUUACGAAUCAUCAAUGAGACAAUUUUUGAGACUCUUCCUUCACUGAAAUACCUCGACUUGUCUGAGAACCCAUUUGCAUGUGACUGUUCAAAUGCAGGGUUCAUUAUAUGGGUGAUCAAAAACAAACAGGUUCAAGUGGUCAAUGCUUUUCAGUACAGAUGCUCCUCUCCUUUGUCUCUAGAUGGACAGUUUCUGCUAGACUUUAAAGUGCAGUUGUGCUGGGAGGGGACUAGGCUCUUCUGCUUCCUGUUUAGCUCUGGUCUGGUCCUGUUCACUCUCCUCUCAUCGUUCAUCUAUCACUUUAUGCGCUGGCGACUGGUCUAUGGCUUCUAUCUGCUGCAGGCUUUUCUCUAUGACAGUAAAAAGAAGAAACAAGAAAGUCCUAGUGUCUAUGAUGCAUUUGUGUCCUACAAUGUUCACAAUGAGGACUGGGUUUACGGAGAGUUAGUUCCUGAACUGGAGGAGCAGCAGGGAUGGAAGCUGUGUCUGCACCAUCGUGACUUUCAACCAGGGAAACCGAUCAUUGAGAACGUCACAGACGCCAUCUACAGCAGCAGAAAGACUCUGUGUGUGAUCAGCAGCCACUACCUCCAGAGUGAGUGGUGCUCCCGGGAGAUUCAGUUGGCCAGCUUCCGUCUGUUCGAUGAGAAGAAGGAUGUGCUGAUCCUGUUGUUUCUGGAGGAGCUCUCAUCCAAUCAACUGAGUCCAUUCUACCAAAUCAGGAAGUUAGUGAAGAGCCACACAUAUCUGAGCUGGAACCAGGCCCGUGGGAGUAAGGCACUGUUCUGGGAGAAAGUCCAAAGAGCUCUGGAGAGUGGACACAACCCUGUGGCCAACCCCAACCCACAUGCUACUAACCUGUAA